GCCUGUAGCUAGGAGCACUAUAUUAGUUAUAUAGUUCCAAGCUUUGAUAUUUAUACCAAUAUUAAUAUUUUAUGUUUCCCUCAAACCCCUCUUUGCAAUCAGUGAGCUGCGGCGGAACUCUGACCGUGCCGGUGGGAAUUUCUCCAGCCCCGGAUACACAGAAGCCGUACCCUCCUUUCAGUGACUGUAUCUGGACUAUGAUUGCCCCGGUGGGGUACAAGUGAUAGCAAUGGUGGAAGGGGAAUGAUGACGAAUGAUGAUGUUCUUCCUGGAUAAAACAGAGAGAAGAUCAGAAACAAAUAUUUCACAGCGCAACUGAACGCAAAGUUUGUAAAAGAAUCUCCGAUGGAAUAAAUAUGUCCCUACAGUGGGAGCAGCCGUGCAGCACAGAUCCCAUAGGGUAAGGGAUCAUUCAUUCCUCCCUGACGUUCCAGAUCCAACUAAUGAAGCAGAAUUUCCAGUCCCGCUGGGAUACGCUAAGGAGCCCGGAGCCUGAGGGUGGAAGCCAAGAGCAAGGAGCAAGAGCCCAAUUCACUGAAAGCCGCUGUACAGACGAGACAUAAGCUUCCCUUGCCUAUCUGUGCCCGGCUGGCUUGGCAUUCCAGGAAUCUGGCAUCUCCCAUUGGAACCGACAGGCUACCUGAGCAGAUGAGUAUAUACAAGCGCACUGAGCUGGUUCACCCUCUGGCCCCUGAGAAUGAAUAUGUGGAGAAGUUCAGCCAAAGCCUCAACCACAUCCCAAAGCUGCGCUACUCCCUGGGGUACGACCACCAGAAGAGAGAACUGUGUGUGUCUUUCCUAGAAGCUGUUGGUUGCCCACUUACCAAGGAGGAGGAGCCUGGGAGUCACCGCUACAUUGGGGGCACUCUCACCAGCAAUGGUGGGCAAACAGAAGCCCAGACCUCGCUGAUGAAUAGGACCCCACAUACAGUUUGGGACGAGGCUCUGCUGUUCCCCUUAUCAGAGGAGGAACGAGUAGAGGCUGAGCUAACACUCACCUUGAGGCACUGUGACCGCUACUCCAGGCACCAGGUAGCCGGGGAAAUCACCCUGAGUCUGGCUAAUCUAGGGGUUCCCUUUGGAGCAGCUCGGUGGGUGGGACUUUAGGCCUCCUGAGAAGGUAAGUACUGCCCAGUGUAUGUGGUGUAAACUAAUAGAAAAGCAGAAGGGGAGCUGCAAGGGCAUCUUCAGGGGCACAGAUAUUCCCUACUAAAGGGCUGGUAUAGAAGCUCAAAAAUAUGUGCAGCCUAAUCCUUGUCAAGCUUUAGUCACAGAACCCCUCAGUGACUGCUAAUAUCCUUAUCAUUUACAGUAGGGGGUACAUUAUCCCUUAUAAUACAUGAGUGAUACUCAGAGUUCCCUGUAUAACUCAGCCUGCAGCCUUGUGCCUUUAUAUGGGCACAGAACCCCUCAGUGACUGCUAAUAUCCUUAUCAUUUACAGUAGGGGGUACAUUAUCCCU